AUGCCAUUUCAUCAAUUAAUAGAUCUAUGUCAAAUUUAUUUACUAAUUUUUACUUUACCAAAAUUAAAAUAUCUUAAAAUAAUAUCCCAUCAAUUCAAGGACCCUGUCCCAUUACCAUUUGCUACUGACAAUCAACAAUUGAGUAUGAUUGAACAUCUGAUUAUUGACUAUUCUAUAACAUUCAGCGAACUUGCUGCUAUACUUUCGUAUAUACCUAAAGUUUAUCAUUUGAAUUUUUGGCAUCGAGAUAUAAAUUAUCCACUAAUUCAAAUGAUUUCAACAAUCGCAUUAUCGAAAUUAACACAUACAUCAAUGAAUAUAUCAUUUUUAGAGUUUGAUGAAUUCGAAAUAUUUUUAAGUAAAUUACCUUCUACUCUUAAAAGUUUCAAUUUAGUUUAUACUGAAAAAGAAUUAGAAUACCUUGAUUUUGAUAUGUCGGAACAACUGAUUCUACAAAAUUUUCCUCAAUUAGAAAAGUUUUAUUUCAAUUAUACUGUAUAUACAUAUGAUGAAGAUGAAUUUAUCUUUGAUGGUUGUGUAUGUGAUCAAUUUAUUUCUUCAUUCUGGAUUAAUCGACAAUUGUUAUUGAACCUGAGAUCAUUUCUCUUUUUAUGA